AGGGAUGUGUACAUGGCAGUUCACGUAAGCAGAAUUAUUUCGUCACUUACACAGACUUCUUAGGAAAAAGAAAGAAACACAGAAUUGUUUUUUUAUUUAUAGUCCCUCCUCUUCCGUUUUAUUCGUGUUGACCAGAAAAGAGAAGAGACAGGCAGCGCGGCGUCCAACUGCUACCACGCGCCGUUGUCCACUGUGAAGGGGGAGGAGAAAAAGGAGGAUACACUUCUCUUGGAUUCCUUUCCCCCCCCCCCCGACUAAAGCCUUCUUCGGAGGUUUUCGUUGGUGUUUUUCGUUUGGUUUUUGAUUAGUGUGGUGAUUCCUUUCGUGCGUUCGCAUAUAUAUACUUUAUUGUUUUCUUCCCCCUCCCUCCUCUUGAACCCGUUCACCGUCGUCCUCUUCUCUCUUUCAUUAAGGGUGCUGUGGGACUGACCUCGCCUCGUCACGCACACGCACACGCACACGCGCGUACCUGCACGCACGCAUCCACGCGGGAAAGGAAAGAAGGAAAAGACGCGUCGCACUCGUCUGGUUUUUCUUUUUUCAGUAAAGCGUCAUCCUUUUCGUGUUUUGCUUUCUUCUCCUUUUCUGGCAGGGAGCAGUAGUGCCGCGGUUUGACGCCUCGUUCUUCGCCAAUUUCUCGCUCCCUCCCUUCCACUUCUUCGAACUGCGGAGAAGAGUUGUGGUGGCACGCCGGACACGCCGAGUGGAGCCAAACACCGUAAAAGCAGCAGGCAACUCAAUACGAGGUGGGCUUACGUAACACUCGAAAACAAAGGUGCAUUUCUCAUUACAGUGCUUUUUCGUUCUUUUUCAUAUAUAAAAAGAAUUAUAGAUAACUCAUUAAGGGAAAAAUAAUUCGAAUAAUCGACUUGGUUUAAAGGUUUAAAAGGCAUAAGAAAAGGUUUAUAAUCUCGUUCUGCGUCCGCGUGCAAACGUGUGGGCUCCGAGGCAGCAGAAAGCGAUCAAAGGGCUUUGAAGAAAGAAAGAAAGAAAGAAAGAGGAAGAAGACGCACCGCAACCGAACUGCUCACUCGAGAUCCUCCCUGUUUUUAUUUUCUUUUGUAGUUUGUUUGACUUGUCAAAUCGUCUUAACCACCUUUUUAUAUAUGCUUUAUUUUUCUUCCUGUUAUCUAUUCUGAUUUAGUGUAUUUAAGAAAGGAAUAAAGAACAGCAACAGAAACGGCAGUGUCAGCGACCUUUUUUUUUCUUGUUUUCAUCGUUGAUCGAAACGGCAAAGUCAAGAAUACUGUUCUUCACAUUUGUUAGGCUUUGUGCCCGUACAUUCCCUCGCCCCUUCUUCUCUGUCUUCAACGCUGUUUCUCUUCCAACGCAUAUUCCAAAACGAUCUCAAUAUUCCGCUUCAUCUCUUUGUUUCUUCUAUUUUCCUUCCUUGACUUGUAUUGACGCACCUUCCUUUUUUCUAUAUAUACACUUUUUGUAUUUGCAAGAGUCAGUGCCUUCGUAUGGGUGAAGAAAUAUAGUUAUAGAGGAAAGUGCGUGUUUUGGUAUUUGUUGACUAUUUUCUCCACCUUCUUUACUCUGGCGUGCGUGUACGACCCUGUGUCUUGCUCUAUUUACUGCGUAACUCGUGCGAGAAGCAAAGGGAUCCGUCGUGUUAGGUUCUCCUCAUCAUUGUUCAACGCUCUCCGUCUCUCUCUCUUUUUGUUUGUUUCUCUUGCCUUUGUUGUUGUUGUUGUUGUGACGCAGCUGGAAAGGUGCGGCGGCAACGUCUUUUGUUGUUUGUUUGUUUGUUCGCUUCCAAAGCCGGUCCCGUUAUCGGCGUGUUUCUUUCUUUUUCUCUUGUUUCACGCGUUCUUCCGUCGCCUUUCGGACUGCGACGUGCGGUGUCAACUUGAAGGAGGAAAAAUUUUAUUCUUUUUUUGUUCUUUCCCCCGCUGAACGGCCGGAGCGGGGAGAGAAGAAAGGAAGGUGUUGGUGCGCAUGAUAGCCGUAAAUAGCGUAAAAAGAGAAGAAAAAACUUCCUUUUCUGAAUCCCGGCUCAGAGCUGCCUCGUACGUGGCGCGUCGUGCGUGAUUUCCUUAAACUCAAAGGAAGGAAGAGCUCGGCUAAGGUGCGACGUAAAUCGUACUGGCAUUCGUUUUAUCUCGGAUUGCUUGUUUACUGUUUUUGGUUUUAUUUCUGUUAACGACGUAAAACUCCCUUCUUUUUUUUCAUUCCUCCGUAAAGAAGAGAAUAAAGUUAAAGAUGGGGGACUUUGAAUUGCAGAUGCGGGCCCUGCAGUACUCCGCCGAGGCCGGCCCGGCGUCGCACGUGAACGAGGACGCCUUCUCCACCAACGUGGACGCGGUCCACGGCGCAGACAGCGGCGUCGCGGCCCUCGCGGGGCGGCCGACCUUCUUCCCCGGCCUCACCGCCGAGGACGACGACGACGACGAGGAGAACCCGAACGAUGUGCUGCUGCGCCUGCUGAAUGAGGUGCGCGCGGUGGACAGCGACGUGGAGGCGGACAGCGGCCGCGGCGGCGUCAUCGACCGCAGCUCCGACGAGAACGCGGCCGGGGUGCUCUUCUCCGUGACGGACAGCAGCGGUGGGGCGAAGGGGUUCGCCGCGAUGUACGGCGGCGCCAUUCGCUCGUCAGCGACGGCCACCGCUACGGCGGCGGGCGGCGGCUUCACCGUGGAGGGCAACGCGUCCUACUCCUCGGCGGCCAGCCUGCCGCCACCGCCGCCGCCGCCACCGCCGGCGUACGGCACGCCCAGCACUGCCCCCCGCAGCCCGUUUGUGAACUGCUACUCCGGCAUCCCGCACCUAGCCACCACGCCGGCCUCCAUCAAGCCGCCACCGCCGUCGUUUGCGGAGGCGAUGGCGAAAUCUCACGGCACCCCCGUCUCCCUGCCGGGCCGACCCUCGCCGUCGCAGGAGCGCUCACCGGCGAUGGCGACGUACGUGCCUCCGAUGCCGGCGGCUCCGCAGGAAACGGUGCUGCUGCGCAACGGCAACGGCAUCUUCUUACUGCAGCCGCUGUCGAAGCUCACGCCGCCAUACACGCCGCCGGCGGGGUGCAACUCGCCGCCGGUGUCGCCGCUGCCGAGGUACUCGCUGCCGCCGGCGGCCGGCAUGGCGGGGCCGAACUCGUCCAUCACCAGCAACACCUUCCUCGGCACCUCUGUCGCGCAGGUCGGCACCGGGCGGACGGGAGCAGCGGCUGCGGGGCCGGUCAGCGAACCACCGCACUACGCCUCCUACAGCGUCGCAGGCGGGAGCUCCUUCAUUGCGUCGGCGCCGCCAUUUGUCUCGGCGGUGAGCUCGCUGCGCGGCACGCCGUCGUUUGCUGCGGCGCCGCCGCCGUACACGGGCGGGCUGUGA